CGGGAUAGUGGGAAGGCGAGAGGGUAAAACCGGUAAUAGUGAGAAGGGAGUCAUGGUCAAGGGUGGUGCCAGGGGCAGCCUUUCGCGCAAGGAGCUUCGGAAGGCUCACAAGCAAGCAGCCAAGGAGAAGAAGCAACAGCGGCACAUCCUCAAGCAGCAAACUUCUUCCGCGGGAGCAGUGACCACCGGACCCGUUGCAGCAGCUGCUGCUGCCGCUGCUGCUGCUAAGAAGCGAAAGCCCCAAGUAGGAGUGAAGCGAAAGCAGGGGGAUGCGGUUGCUCAGAAGGGUGGUGGCGGUGCAAAUGGUGCUCGGCGCAAGCGGUGGAGGCCAGAGGAGAUUGACCCAAUGAUUGCUGCCGAAGACGCUGAGCUCAAGCGUCUCGAGCGCCUCCUCGGCGUGACCGGACCCAAUGCUAAGAAAAAGCGCGCCAAGCUGGCGAGGGAGAUCGAGGUGGAAGACGGCAUGGGCGACGAGUUCGGGGCUUUCCUCUCCGAUCUGGACCGUAUCGGCGAAUUUGUGGAGGGGGGAGGUGGGAGCGGGUCGAGCGAAGAAGACCGGGCGCUCAUGGAGGCAAAUUGGGACUUUCACGAGAACAUUCCCGAAGACGAAGCCAACAGCGUCACCGGCGGUCCCGUCAGGGCGAUAACCCGGAAGGGGGAAGAAGAGGAGGAGGAGGAGGAGGAGGAAGACGAUGAUGAUGAUGACUUGGGGCUUGAAGGAGGGGGGCGGGAACUGUUGCAUGGUGUCCUCGAUAGCGAAGGUCAAUUUUUGGAAAGCAUUCAAGAGGAGGAGGGGAAAGAGGAGGAGGAGGAUGAGGAAGAAGAAGAUGGGGAAGAAGAAGGGAAGGAAGGGGGGGCUCUGGAGCUCUUGCGAGAUGUCACGGAUCACAAGGGGAAUUUCUCGGAAAGCAUUCAGGAAGGGGAUGGCGAAGCGGGCAAAGGUGAUGAAGACGGGGAAGAAAAUGGGGAUACUGGAGAGGAGGAGGAGGAGGAGGAGGAGGAGGAGGAAGAAGAGGAAGAGAUGAACUCGAGGUCGCCCGACACAACAGGGUACGGGGACGAAGACGACAGUCCAGGGACGCCGGCAGCCGAGGAAGAGAGUGAGGACUUCAAGCGGCACACGUACAAACCCAAGCCCGGGCAGGACAUCUACGGGCGGACAAUAGGGCCUACCAAGGGCGGUGCGGCACCCGCCGCGUACGUGCCCCCUCACUUGAGGGCGGCCGCGGCAGCCGCAGAGGGAGGGACGGCGUCCGGAGGCACUGCUGCGGACAAGUUUGGCGGAAACGUUAAGCGUGCCGAGGUCCAACGAGUGGUAAACGGUAUCAUGAACCGCCUAUCUGAGGAUACCCUGGAACCCGUGACGGCUCGUCUACGGGAGGCGUACCGCGGGCACAGCACCACGGAGGUUAACGAGGCGCUCUGGCAGGCUACCAGGGCCGUCUGCGUCCAUGACAAGCACGUGAUGACCACGCUCAUCCCUUCCUUCACCGCGGUCAUAGCCGCCCUCAAUAUCUCGCUCGGCGCUGACGUGGGUGGUUUUUUCCUGGAGAUCAUCGCGAAAGAGCUCAAGGCAGAGGUUUGGGGAGCCACCGGCGAAAGGGGCGAGAGUGGCUGUGCCGGCGGUUCCGGCAGCGCGCGACGAGGGGGCAGGGGCACGGGUUCCAACCUCCUGCUCCUUCUGGCCUACCUGUACAACUACGGCGUUGCUCACUGCACGCUCGUGUAUGACAUCAUCGGUCUACUAGUCGAUGCGUUUGGUGCGAACGAAAUGGAGCUCCUGCUGCUGCUGCUCCGACACAGCGGUUACCAGCUGCGCUCCGACGACCCGCAGGCGCUCAAGCAGAUCGUCGCCCUGGUGAAAGAGAAGUCGGCCGCCGCUGUCGCCGGCUCGGGUACCGAGGCGGUCAUCCCCGAGAGCGACGUUGGCGAGAAAAGCUCCAUUGCCGAGGAGACCGACCGAUGGAAGGAGGCGUUCGCCUCUUGCCAGCCCCGCGGCGACCGUGACAACGACGCAGACGGCAACGCAACCGCCGCCGCCGCCGCUGGCGCGAAGACCGCGCUCGGAGGGUCCCGCGCCCGCUACAUCCUCGACACGAUCCUCGAACUGCAGGGCAACAAGCGCAGCCGGAUCCAGGAGCAGGGGCAGGAGUCCGGCCGUCGCGUGCGCAAGUGGCUUGGCUCCGUCAAGGCCGCUAAAGGCGGCGGGGGCGGCGGUGCCGGCGGCGGCGGCGACGCGUCGCUGAGGGUGACCUGGUCGGAGCUCGUGUCUACGGAGAAUAAGGGCCGUUGGUGGCGGGUCGGCGCGGCCUGGGCGGGACGAGGGGAGUCCGCAUCCUCAUCCCCGGCAGUCGCGACAGUGGAAAGUCGAAACGGCGGAGGCGUAACUUCGGCGGGUGGAAGCACCGGCGGCGGCGGUGCGAACGAUAGCGAGGCGGUGGGGCUCCUGGCCCUGGCGGCCAGGCAGCGGAUGAACACCGACGUUCGGCGGUCUGUCUUCGUGGCGAUCGUCGGCAGCUCGGACUGCGAAGACGCCCUCGAGAAGAUCCUCCGGCUUAACCUGAAGGGGGCGCAGGAGCGGGAGAUCGCUAGGGUGAUCGUAGAGUGCUGCAGCCAGGAGGAUUCAUACAACCCGUUCUACGCCCACCUGGCGGAGCGUGUGUGCGAUCGCCAGCCCAAGCUGAGGUUCACGUUUCAGGUGGCGUUCUGGGAUGCGCUCAAGACUCUCGACGACGGUGCUGCGCGACGAGCGGGGAGCCUCGCCCGCCUUAUGGCCCAUCUCGUUGUCCGGAAGCAACUGUCGUUGACCGUGCUAAAGACGGUGGACGUCCAAGAGCUAUCUCAAAGUAGACUCCUCCUCAUGCGAGUUUUUUUCCAUGAGAUCAUUGCCGCAGGCGACGAUGCUGCCUUCAUGGAGGUGUUUCGACGACUUGCACGGCCAGCGGGGACGAAGGAAGGCGGGGGCCACUCGGCCGCGAGAGACAACGCCCUCGUGUUCUUGCGGGGACACCUGGGACCCGCCCCCGACGGCUGGGACCGCGACAGGCGGAAGUCGUUUCGAAAAAGGGUGAAAGGGGCGUGUCGGCUCAUCGAGGCAAUCAUCACCGCGGACGAGCUUGGAUGAUCGAACUGAUGCGGUUUUGUGGUGCUUGUUGUUGGGGAUGGGUACAGCAGUAGGUGGGGGGGGGGGGUUACGAGCUUUGGUCAUGUUGUGACAGAGGUUGGAUUGUGGUAGCAAGACCCCGAUGUGUUCGUCUGUUAGCAUAUCGUGGCUCUUCUAGCGUUUUCGCCCUGUUUACAGCUCCACAGUAUCGCGCCACUACGAAGGGGAUGCGAAAGCAUCGCACUUCUACGUAGAUGACGGGCAAUUGCUCGGACACCUCGGGGCUUCCCGAACCCGUUUGUAUGAGAGUUGUCGCUGAAGUUGCCUGGCCAAGGCAACAACGCCGACACGGACAAAACUUUCAGCGUGGGGUAUUUACGCAUGGGCAACGAGUAAUUUAGGGUUUUGGCAAGGGAUACAGCGC